AUGGAUCUACAUUCGAAAUGGCUAUCUUAUCGUUCACAUCUCAACAAACUGAAUGAGAUUGAAUUCCCUCGACAUGUUCAAUGCAGCGAUUCUACUUCGAUAGAACUACACGGUUUCUGUGACGCCUCAGAAGCUGCAUAUGGGGCAUGUGUAUUCAUUCGUUCUAUUGAUGCUUUCGGCAAUUAUACUUGCAACAUUCUUUGUGCAAAAACGAGAGUUGCACCUUUGAAACAAACCACAAUACCCAAACUGGAACUUUGUGGGGCCACACUGUUGGCUGAUCUCAUGAACAAGGUGAAGGACUCAAUCAAAAUAUCAUUCAAUAGAACAUACUAUUGGAGCGACUCCACAAUCGUAUUAGCUUGGAUAAGGUCUUCUCCGAGUUUAUUGAAAACCUUUGUUGCCAACAGAGUAGCUCAAAUUCAGAAUUUAACCGAUCCCGAUUGUUGGAAUUACAUAAACACCGCAGAAAAUCCCGCAGACUUACUGUCACGAGGAGUAACCCCUACAAAACUCAUUAAUAACAGUCUUUGGUUCCAUGGUCCCAAGUGGCUUGUCCACUCGGACAGCGAUUGGCCAAUGAAUAAACUUUCAAUCCCUACACCAAAUGAUCUUCCCGAAAUGAAACAUAUCAAAACUUUUCUCAGUAUCGAUCACAACUUCCUGGAAAAUAUCGGCAGAUUUUCAUCCUUCUUGAAAUUACAAAGGACAUUCGCCUGGAUAGUCCGUUUUAAAAAUAACCUCAAGACUGAACCCAAUUCCAGAAAACUUGGUGUUUUAACGCCUUCAGAACUCCAAGAAUCCUCGAAUCUAUUGAUACGCAUUGUCCAAAGGCACGCUUUCCCUCAAGAUCAUAAUGCUCUUUCCAAGGGACACGACGUCAAUUACAAAGGUAAUCUCGCAGGUCUGAACCCAUUCUUGGACAGUGAGCAAAUCAUCAGAGUUGGUGGUAGAAUACAAAAUUCGAACUUCCACUUCCACAAAAAACACCCAGCCGUGCUACCAGCCAACAAUCAUUUCACGACUCUUUUAGCUCGACAUGAACAUAUUCGCCUAUUGCAUGCCGGUCCACAGCUAUUAUUAGCAUCUUUGAGAGAAAGAUACUGGCCAAUCUCUGGUCGAAAUCUCGUAAGGAAGGUCGUACACGAAUGUACACGAUGUUUUCGCUUCCAAGCAAAAUCCGAAAAAUAUCUUAUGGGCAAUCUUCCCAAAGAACGAGUUUCGCCAUCGCGUCCAUUCUCGACAUCUGGUAUUGACUAUGCAGGUCCAUUUUCAAUCAGAGACAGAAAAACAAAAAAUUAUAAAACUACGAAGGCUUAUAUAGCUCUUUUUGUAUGUCUCAGUGUUAAGGCAAUUCAUCUAGAGGUUGUGAGUGACCUAACCACCGAAUGUUUUUUAGCUGCUUUGAGGAGAUUUUUUGCGAGACGUGGAAAAUCGGCUAUCUUAUUUUCGGAUAAUGGCACUACCUUUGUAGGUGCGAAUAAUGAAAUAAAAAACUUCUUCAAACAUAAUAGUGAAAUCAUUGCAAACAAUUUAACCUCUGAUGGAAUCUGCUGGAACUUCAUUCCGGCAAAGGCACCCCACUUUGGUGGUAUAUGGGAGGCUGGUGUGAAAUCAGUGAAGCAUCAUCUAUACAGGGUGAUGGGAGAUUCAAAAUUAACCUACGAAGAAUUUUCUACGGUAUUAUGCCAAAUAGAAUCUUGCUUGAAUUCCCGCCCGCUUUAUCCUCUUUCUAAUGACCCAAAUGAUACAUUACCUCUCACUCCUGCGCAUUUCUUAAUUGGUGGAUCUUUAAACACCAUACCUGACCACAAUCUGCUAGAUAUGAAAAUGAAUCGUCUCUCACGAUUCCAAAGAUGCCAGCAAAUUCUGCAACAAUUCUGGACCAAAUGGAAAAGCGAAUACAUAUCCAGCUUGCAACAGCGUACGAAAUGGAAAGAGCGCUGCAAUGAUUUGCUGAAGAUUGGUGUUCUCGUACUGUGCAAGGAAGAUGGGCUUCCUCCUCUAAAAUGGAGAAUUGGGAGAGUCAUCGAGAUCCAUCCGGGAAAAGACAACAUCGUCCGAGCCGUCACCAUCAAAACCGCCACUGGUGUCUUCAAACGACCAGCGGUGAAACUGUGUGUCCUACCAAAUCAAGAAUAG